AUGCAUCUCUAUUAUUACCUGAACGAGCAAGGGAUGAGGCAGUACACGCUCAAGAAGCAAGACCCUGAUGGCAAUCCAACAGUUUCUGCGCACCCAGCUCGCUUCUCGCCUGACGACAAGUUCUCGCAACAAAGGGUCACCUUGAAGAAACGCUACAACCUCCUGCCAACCCAACAG